AUGUCGAAAGACGACGUCCCCGAAGCGCGCGUGCGCGUCGCCAUCGCGCCGAACGCCAUCGAUGAGCGCGCACACAUAGAAUACGUCCGCGACGCGCGCGCGGGGGCGAUCUCCGUGUUCGUGGGGACGACGCGAGACACGUUUCGAGGCGAAAAAGUGCAAAAGUUGAGCUACGAGUGCUACGAACCGAUGGCGCUGCGAGAACUGCGCGCGAUCGCGGACGAACUGGUGGUGAAAUACGCGGGAGACGGUGACGAGGGAAACGCCUUGGACGGACGCGGCGGGCACGGGAUCAGGGCGAUCGAUAUCGCGCACAGGGUCGGGGACGUCGGCGCGGGCGAGACGUCCGUCGUCGUCGCCGUGGCGAGCGCGCACAGGAAAGACGCGCAGGACGCGUGCGCGGAGGCGAUGGAGGCGCUCAAGGCGCGCGUACCGAUUUGGAAAAAGGAAAUAUUUGAGGGCGCGAGCGCGGAAGGGGUCUGGAAAGCGAACGGAUUGGGCGCGUUCGCGGCGUCCGAGGCGGCGUCGUAG